GUGAUGUCGGUCGUGUCACGUGCGGUGCGAUUUCGACAGGGCUCCGACACGAGGGGCGCACGGCAGCGAUACGCAAGAAUCGGGCUCAGACCGGCUAGGACUUCGGCGCGCCACGCUUCGCGCCACCACCACCACCACCAGCAAUGUCAGGCGGCGGCGGGCGGCGAGGGUGGAGCCCGUUCGACGCGAUCCGCAGCUUCCCGUCGACGCCUGAGUCGCUCAUGUCGCAGAUCGACGCGGCCAUCGCCUCCACCGAGUACGCCUACGCCUGCGCCCUCCUCGACCCCGCCCCCGCCCCCGCCUCCGCCUCCUCGCAGCCGCAGCCGCAGCCCACGCCCGAGGAGGGUCAGGGUGAGGGGGGCGCGGCCUCGCCUCCGGCCUGCUACGACGCGAGGGUCGCGGACGAGGCGUACCGCGCGGCGUGCGCGGCGCUGGGGGCGGGGCGGCCGGACGCCGCCGUGCGGUCGCUGCGGGUGGCGCUGGCGAGCUGCCCGCCGGAGAAGACCGCGGCCGUCGCCAAGGUGCGGUCCAUGCUGGCCAUCGCGUCCGCCCAGCUGCACAAGCAGCAGCACCAGGCGCAGCAGAGCAGGAAGUGAGGUGCUGCUUCGAAUUCUCCGUAGCUGCAGCCUGCAGAUGUGACUAGAUAUCGUCAAGGCAUGAUUAGAUUCAUUGAUGUUUCAAAUUAAUGCAUCUUGCUCAGUUUGCAACUGCCGCAAAUUAUAGAUAGUUCAGUUCGAUAUACUCUAGUAUGGAAAUCUCCCGCAAUCCAUUUGAGCAAAUCUCAUCAUCUCUUCUGCAUAUUGUGUCAGAAUUACAUCUGAUUUGUUUCAGUGCUGAGCUAACAUGGAGAAGCACAGCAGAACGAUCGAUCUAGCAUACACUACUAUGACUA